GGGCGCUCGGGGGCGGCGGCGGCGGCGGCGGCGGCGCCAUGGGGGCGGCGCUGGGGGUCUGCUCGCUGGCCAGCUGGAUUCCCUGUCUGUGCAGCGGUGCCUCCUGCUUACUGUGCCGGUGCUGUCCCAACAGCAAGAACUCAACAGUGACACGGCUUAUCUAUGCCUUCCUCCUCUUCCUCAGCACUGUUCUUGCCUGCAUUAUGCUGGCACCGGGGAUGGAACAGCAGCUGAAAAAGAUACCUGGAUUUUGUGAUGAAGGGCUUCAUACUCGGAUACCGCACAUGAAUGGCUUUGUCAGCUGUGAUGUGUUUGUGGGAUAUAGAGCUGUGUAUCGCAUCAGCUUUGCCAUGGCAGUGUUCUUCUUUAUCCUCUCUCUGCUCAUGAUACAAGUGAAAACAAGUAACGAUCCAAGAGCCUCGGUACACAAUGGGUUCUGGUUCUUCAAAAUAGCUGCCAUUGUGGGUAUCAUGGUUGGAGCAUUUUACAUUCCUGAAGGGCCCUUCACAAGAGUUUGGUUUGGUAUUGGUGUUUGUGGAGCUGUUAUCUUCAUUCUUAUCCAGUUGGUGCUUCUUGUGGACUUUGCUCACUCCUGGAAUGAGAGCUGGGUUAAGAGAAUGGAGGAGGGAAAUUCUAAAUGUUGGUAUGCAGCUCUGCUGUCCUGUACAAGCUUGUUCUACGCCUUGUCACUGGUUUUUGUUGUGCUUUUCUGUAUUUUCUACACGAAGCCUGAUGACUGCACUGAGAACAAGUUCUUCAUAGGCAUUAAUAUCAUCUUGUGCAUCGCUGUCUCCAUUGUUUCAGUCCUUCCAAAAGUUCAGGAACAUCACACUUACUCUGGCCUCCUCCAGUCCUCUGUGAUCACGCUCUACACCAUGUAUCUCACUUGGUCAGCCAUGUCCAAUGAGCCUGAACGAAGCUGUAACCCAAGUUUGCUGAACAUCAUUAUCCAGAUUACUGCACCCACAGUUGCUCCAGCAAAUGCCACUGUGGUACCUGCUACUCCAGCUCCGCCCAAGUCCCUACAGUGGUGGGAUGCCCAGAGUGUUGUUGGGUUGAUUAUCUUUGUCCUUUGCCUCUUGUAUUCCAGCAUUCGCUCUUCAAGUAACAGCCAGGUGAACAAGCUGACGCUGUCGGGGAGCGACAGUGCCUUCCUGGAGGAGCCGGUGGGAGCGGGCAGCGGGGCUGCGGAGGAAGGAGAAGUGCGCCGUGUCAUGGAUAACGAGAAGGAAGGGGUUCAGUACAACUACACCUUCUUUCACUUCAUGCUCUGUCUCGCCUCUCUUUACAUCAUGAUGACACUCACAAACUGGUACAGCCCUGAUGCAGAUUUUAAGACAAUGACAAGCACCUGGCCAGCUGUGUGGAUGAAGAUAACCUCCAGCUGGCUUUGUCUCCUCCUCUAUUUUUGGACCCUAGUGGCUCCCCUUGUCCUUACUAAUAGGGACUUCAGUUAAAUUGCUGCACCUGUCUGAGCUUACAAAAGUGGGGAGCUUUUUGCUGAAAGCCAAAAUGUUCGUGUAUUGCUGUAGUUAGUUUAUGUUACUAUCUUAUGUUGAUAUUAACAUGCAGGUGGCUAGAAAGUUGUGUAUUGCAUAAUGCUUGGUGCAGGAUCAAAAGUAUCAUCAGUUAUCUUUUUAUUUUAACCUUCAGUUAUGGUUAUUACUACAUUUUUUAAAUUCACUACAGCCGUGCUGUCAAAGCACAAGACACCUGUUCUGUCCAAUAGCCACAACCUUUCUAUUGAAUAGAAGUAACAUUUAGCUAAAUAUGAAGUAAUAUAUUUUAAAGCACAAUUAUAUUCAGCAUAAUGCACUAGUAUGCUAAGGCUUCAGUUCCUGGAAGUCUAAGCCAUGCUGCGUGACUUCUACAUUCCACUGUAAAAGUUUAUUUAAAUUUAUACUUACCUUCCUAUGUUGUGGCAAACUCCCCCUUAUUUCUUACCAAAGAAACACAACUUGGAGGUCAAAAAUGUGGUUAACUCUAAUGCUUUUUACGAACAAACUUGCCCUUUCUAAGAGGCAGCUUCUUUUUUUAGUGUGUUUGCCAAAUAUUGAGUGGUAAGUGUAUGACUAGCUUCAACAACUUCAUAAUUACGGUGGACAAAUAAAGCUUCUAAUUGAUUGCUUAUAAAAAUUAUGAUUAUUAUUGCACUGUAACUCAUUUGAAUAAAGUGGACUAACUACUGAAACUG